AAAAAGACAAACGGCUGCAUUGCAUCUUCGCGACGACAUCUCCUUCACCAUUUACACAGGCUGACUCGAACGACCAGGAUACUUUUGAAUUAUUGACCAGCUCAUAUUUGGACGAUAGCAGUUGUAAACCCUACGCGGCGUUGAGGAUACUUCACAAUCACACACAAUGCCGCCGCCGCUAUCGCAAAGGUCCGAUGAGAGCUCCUCCGAGGAAGAGGCCUCGGACUCAGGUUCAGUUCAUGAGGCCGCUCCAGAAUCCGACUCACUUCAGCUGCUACGGGAAAGUGCAAUGGGUGUCCUGGCCUCGCGCUUGACUGCUCAGAAUUCUGGAACAUCCGGGAACCAUGUCACAGGCAAGCUCAUCAACAACGCCAAAAGAGGACCAGCGGAUGACCUCACAAAUGAUCACGUCGCAAAGUAUCCGAGACUUGAUCAAGGAAAAGAGGUCCAAGAUGAAGAAGAAUCUGAUGAAGAAGAGGAAUAUUCAAGCUCUGAGGAGGAUGAAGAGGACGAGGAGGAAGACGAAGAGGGCCAAGGAAGUGGUUCUUACCCUAGCCAUUCCGCGUCAGGAAGAUUUGUAGUGUCAGAAGGCAUCUCCCCUUGGACACCUCGUGAUCCUUCCGCAGAUAAAUAUCCUCUACAUCCAGAUCUUGUGGGCAUGACGCCUGUCGAGUUAUUCCCGCACGCUCUACCAAAUUUUAAGCUGCCCCAUCACCUUGCGCCCAUUGCUCGACAUUUGGCUGAGCGUCCCAUAAAACGAAUGCCGAUUCUCGAGAAACCUUUUGUGGACAAUAAACCGGACAACUUCAGCGCCUAUUUCUUGCAAGCGACAGGCCAUAUGGUGCCAGACGAGCAGGCUUGCGCACGCUGCAAAGGAGUCGUAAUUAAGAAGCGUUAUGUGGGCGGAACCUUCGUUGGCUGUGUGGUAUUCGCAGACCCAGAAGAGGCUAAACUAACGGGUGGUGCCUGUGCCAACUGCUGGUAUGGCCGCCAGGGUUCGUUGUGCAGUUUUCGCAACCCAGGGGCAGUUGGAAAGCUCAAGAAACAGCCAAAAGAAUCAUACGAACCGAGGUCGCAGAUAUCAAAUCCCUCGCUCAUGUCCCCACCGCCACCACCAGAAGGACAGCCGAUGCAGCAUGGGCAGCAGCUUGGGAAUACCGGCCAAGUUCAUCCGGCAUUCCUCGCAUCCAUCUCAUCCGCUUCUCCGGCUUAUACACCUUCUUCGGACUAUCCACACAUUGAGGCCCAAAUCGUCCACCAGAGAAACGGCGAAGCUCCGAUCCUACCACGCCCAGACGGUAGUGUGAACAAAGUCACGGCCUGGGAGACAAGAUACAGAAAGAUGUCGACGGAUAAACUCAGGGCUACUCAUGGGAACUUGGUCGAGUGGCAGGAAGACUUGAACACACGAUUGCUCGCCAUGAACAAGGUCUUGCUGGACAGGUUGGACAAGAGAGAGCAGUCAUACUCUGUACCCCGCCCUUGAACCAAAACAACCUCGGUACUAGCUCAUCGUGGUGCUCGAUACACAACUGGGCAAAGCAAGGUCUGACAAACAGUUAAAGGCCAGAACACCUCAGUAAUGCAUCAUGUCAAUCUCGAACCCUCGACGUGGACAAAGAGGAAGUAUGGGAAAGUGUUAAACUUGGGAUGAGAAUCAUUGGGCACCGUCAAGGUCAGCAAUUGGCCAAUCAUAUCUCUCUCAUACAUGCAACUCCACCUCCUGUACCGGAGACGUGGGUCCCUUACCUUGGGCAUGUGGACGUGCUUAGUGUCGGUCUAUUUUUAUUGUUAGGGCGUUAGGGGUUUGGGGGAAAGGAUGACAUCUGGCGCAAUGGCUCAUCCGAAUAAGAGUUGAAGUUGGCAUUGGAAGAGAAUUCCUUGAGUAACAUUAAUUCAAUGCAAUUGAGAAUUGCCCCUCACAAUUAUCA